AUGGGCUUUAUAUCUAUGAUUGCCAGGUUCCUACUUGGGAUAGCUCUUUCUGUGACAAUUACCCCCUGCGCAGUAGCAAUCAACGAGCAGGACUUUGCACCUGGUGACAUCAUCAUCAGGGAUGUCUGUAUUCUUGGUGGCGGAUCCACAGGCACAUACGCAGCAAUCAGGUUCAAAGACAAAGCGAAGAGCGUGGUAGUUGUCGAGCAGAACAAGGUCCUAGGCGGUCACACUGAAACGCUCUACUUUGGCCACAACCAGUACAUCGACUACGGCGUAGAGGGAGUCUUCAACGACGAGCUAAGUCGUAAUUACUUCAGGCAUCUGGGAGUAGACCACAAACCGCUGCUACCAAGAACCCUAACUACUGAAUAUGUCAACUUCAGAACUGGGAAGAAAGUGCCUCCACCGUUUGGGAGUUCGUCCCCCGCUGAGGCUGCAAAAAUGUACCGCGCAGCUAUUGAAAAAUUCAGCUAUCUGAAAGACGGACUGUACAAUCUGCCCACUCCAGUUCCUGAGGAGCUUCUGAUGCCUUUUGGUGAUUUUGUGGAGGCAGCCGCUAUCCAGGAUGCUCUCCAAAUCGUGAAAAUCUUCGCUCAUGGCGCUGGCAAUAUCCUGCAAGCCGCACUCGUUCGUGUUCUUCAGCUCUGCGGUCUCCGCCAGACUGAUUCGCUCCUUCAUGGCGGAUAUAUCACACCGAAGAAGGGCAUGUACGAGGUCUAUAUGAGGGCAUCGGAAAUCCUCGGAUCAGACGUGCUUUACGAGACCAGUGCGAUCGAGGCCGAACGAUCGGACCUUCGCAUCCAGAUCGUCGUCCAAAGUGCCAACGGCACUCGCAAGCUUAUCAAAGCCAAACAGCUUCUCGUCACAUUUGUCCCCGUUAUGGAAUCUUUAGACGGAUUCGACCUUGUCACGCCAGAAUCUUCCCUCUUCCAAAAAUGGGACUGGGUUAACUACUACGUUGCCAUCGUCAAGAACACAGGAAUUCCAAAUGCCACGACACUCGUCAACGCUGACCCCGACAACACCCCCGGCAAUCUCCCGCUACCGCCUUUCCAGUUAGAGCUACAAUACUCGGGUGUAGAAGGAUACCUUGUCAGUAAAAUCAUCGGUAACAGCACUUUGACCGCGCAGCAAGCAAAGGACCUCAUGCUUUCUGAUAUUCGUCGGAUGGGAACAGCAGGGACAUUUCCGGGCGGUAAUCCUGAGAUUGUCGUUUUCGGUGACCAUACGCCAACGACAGUGUCGGUCAACAAUGCUGAUAUUCGGGAUGGAUUCUAUAGGAAGUUGUAUGCGCUCCAGGGUACCAAGAAUACGUUCUACACAGGGUUGGCAUUCUGUUCGGAUUAUUCGUCGCUGCUAUGGGCGUAUACCGAUACUGUUAUUGAGGAGAUGAUGUCUUCGUCAGCAAGUAGUUGUUCUCUCUGCGUGCAAGGAUAA